AUGACUGAGACUGCGCUUGAGAUACAGAAAGGCCAAAGUCAUUCGAGAGAAUAUAGGCUACAGAGCCAGGCUGCGGGGGAGCUUCAAGAGAUGACCCAAAAAAGUGCGCAGAAAGAGUGGGAUUUAGCCAAAACUCCACCAACAACUCAGACCAACCCUUUGAGCCUGAUCUCAUAUCCCUCAGAUUCCAGAGUCAAGUCUGGAAGUCUCGAUACUUCUGCGAUACGUACGCAGCCCUCAGGGAGGGCAAGCAGGUGCCAGCUUGAAGGCUCGUUCCUGAAUCAGACUUUUCCUUUGAGCAAUAUUUUGCAAUAUGAGAAUGAAGAAAUUGAACAAGAGUUCAUAAUUGAUUAUGAAAACUCACAGUUAACGAAUACUUCUGCAAUAUAG